CAGGGCAAUUCUAGGGUUGGAAACCCUACGUGCACCUAUACCAUGAGAGUGAACUGCUACAGAAACUAUCAUCUCAAGAAAAUCGAGGAAAAAAUUUGGAAAAAUUUACACCUCUAUCACCAUGGAGAAGUUUAAUCUUUUCCUUUUGAAAGUUCAUCCUGAGGGAGCAGACUUAAACCCAGGUUCAGAGUAAAGACCUGCCUGCAGUUGCCGUGGAGACAUCUUCAGGUAUCUAAAGCCAAACCAGUUUUAAUGUAAGGACAGCAGCAGGCGGUAUAAUGCGGAAACCAGGCUCUCAAACAGGAAUUGAGUAGUACCCACAGUGAUUCCCGGCCCUAAUGUCCUGGGCAGCGAUCAGCCCGUACUGAUGCUCAAACAUCCGGUAUUUUGUGUGUGUUGGGACCAGCAUCCUUCAGGACUCUGGGGAAAGCCAUUCGUGUCCAAGGGACCUGAAUAGCCAAGAGAGGAGCUAGGCAGAUGUGGGCCAUAGACUGGAAAGAUGGUAAAAAGCACAAAUAUGGCCGCCCGUCAGAACCUUCCUCCCAAUACCAAGGUCACUUCACCUGGGAAAAAUACCUGAAAGAGACAUGUGCCAUCCCAGCUCCAGCCCAUUGCUUCAAGCAGUCAUAUACUCCACCCACUAAUGAAUUCAAGAUCAGCAUGAAACUAGAAGCCCAGGACCCUAGGAAUACCACCUCCACCUGCAUUGCUACUGUGGUGGGUCUGACAGGUGCACGCCUCCGCUUGCGUCUUGAUGGCAGUGAUAACAAGAAUGACUUCUGGCGCCUGGUGGAUUCUGCUGAAAUUCAGCCCAUAGGGAACUGUGAGAAGAAUGGAGGGAUGCUGCAACCCCCAUUGGGCUUUCGGCUGAAUGCCUCCUCUUGGCCCAUGUUCCUCCUGAAGACUCUGAAUGGGGCGGAGAUGGCUCCAGUCCGGAUUUUUCACAAGGAACCACCAUCUCCGUCACAGAACUUCUUCAAGAUGGGCAUGAAGUUAGAGGCAGUGGACAGAAAGAACCCUCACUUCAUCUGUCCAGCCACCAUUGGGGAGGUGAGAGGUUCUGAGGUCCUCAUAACGUUUGAUGGCUGGAGAGGUGCUUUUGAUUACUGGUGCCGCUAUGACUCCCGGGACAUCUUUCCUGUAGGCUGGUGCUCACUGACAGGAGACAACCUACAGCCUCCUGGAACUAAAGUUGUGAUCCCAAAGAGCCCAUUACCUGCAUCUGAAGUGAGCUCUGAGAAAUCCAGCAUGCACAGUAGCACAAAAAGCAUUUUGGGGGGUCAAUCCGGGCAAAGGCGUCGCAAAACAGGGAAGAAGCGAGGUCGGACGCCCAAAGCUCUGAUCCAUCACCCCAUACCUGCUCCCUCCAAGUCAGUGGAGCCUUUGAAAUUCCCAAAAAAGAGGGGACCAAAGCCUGGCAGUAAGAGGAAGCCUCGGACUUUGCUGAAUCCAGCACCCACUUCCCCAACCACCAGCACCCCAGAACCGGACACAAGCACUGUGCCCCAGGAUGCUGCCACAAUCCCCAGCUCUGCUAUGCAGGCCCCCACAGUUUGCAUUUACUUGAACAAGAAUGGCAGCACGGGGCCUCACCUGGACAAGAAGAAAGUUCAACAGCUGCCUGACCAUUUUGGACCAGCUCGGGCUUCUGUUGUUCUGCAGCAGGCAGUACAGGCCUGCAUUGACUGCGCUUAUCAUCAGAAAACUGUCUUCUCUUUUCUGAAGCAAGGCCAUGGGGGAGAAGUAAUUUCAGCCGUGUUUGAUCGGGAACAGCACACUCUGAACCUGCCAGCAGUAAAUAGCAUCACCUACGUCCUCCGCUUCCUUGAGAAACUUUGCCACAACCUGCGGAGCGACAACCUCUUUGGAAACCAGCCUUUCACUCAGAAUAACCACAUGCAGCACUCCCACGAGUACGACCACGACAGGUAUUUACCAGACAGAAGCAGUUCGUUAGACGGCACUCUGCAGGGACCAGGCCGGGGUACAAAGCGAUACUCCCAAGAUUCCCCUCCAUACAGUGCUCCUCUCUCCCCCAAGUUACCAAAGAAUGACCGUCACCCUUUGGAAGUUUGGUGUCUUGCAGGUGAAACCUUUGUUCUGGGAGAUUGUCUCCCAGGUUCCCUAGAACCUCGCCUGGACCCAAUGGACUCUGCCUUGAACUCUGUCAACUCAUCUAGCCCCAGCAGGAACUCCAGAGACUAUCGCUUGCAGGGAUACAGGCAUCUACACCAACCUUCUAGUCUCACUCAGGGGAAUUCAUCUGCCUUGCGUAGGCUUAGCUCUGGGGGUUCAGAUAGAUACCUAGGGCCUAGAGACAAUUCCCGGCUGAACAGCAGAGACCCUUCUUCCUGGACAGUAGAGGAUGUGAUGCAGUUUGUACGAGAAGCUGACCCACAGCUGGGACCCCAUGCUGACCUCUUUCGAAAACAUGAGAUCGACGGGAAAGCUUUGCUCUUGUUGCGGAGUGACAUGAUGAUGAAAUACAUGGGGCUGAAGCUGGGGCCAGCGCUGAAGCUCACCUACCACAUCGACAAACUAAAGCAAGGCAAGUUCUGAGAGGACUCUUAGCAGGACAAGUCCUGGGAAUACUGUGCUCCUGUCCGUACACAUUCAUACUUUCACCUACAGACAGGUACGCAUGCACACCCCCUGUGUAUGUCACAGGCAAACGCCUCUUCAAAAAGCCUUCAGACAACUGCAGGGAUCUAACUGGCCACCCACCUGACCUUCCUUCCACAGCCAGGAGCACAAUGGGCAUUUGAAGGGAAACAGAACCUGUUGGCUGCUUGCAGAUUAAAUAGAAUUUGACUCAUGGAUGUCUCAAAGUAAACAGAAGAGCUCUUUUUUUGUUCCUCAGCGGAUGCUUCUUUGUGGAGUCCCCAGUUCCUUUACAUGCCUGGGGCUGAGAAGAUGCUCUCUGUUUGGACGGGAUCUCUGGCAGAGCUCUUCAGCAGCCAAGCUUCUCCAUGGUGCAUCCUUUCCCUAAUGCUCCCCUGCAGGACUAUAUUGCUUUCUGUCACAUUCCCUCCCCUAUUGUGCCCCCCUGCACCCUGGGCCUGUCUGUCUUGGGCCGUCUCUGUUUCCUUGUUGCCUCAUCUUGUGACAGAUGGACAGUUUCACAACAGAACCUACCAUGUUGGACACUGCACUCUACUGUGCCAUUCUGGACAGGCCAGGCUCUGAGAGAGACGGCUUUUGGGAUGCAAUAUCCACUCUUAGCAACACUAUGGCUAGCUUUGAAGUGUCCACACUCUGCUCAGCCUUCCAUGAAGGGAUGUAGGGCCACAACACAUGGCGUAGGUGCACAGUCUGCUAGUCCUGCUGUCUGGACAGGAAAACCUCUUCUCUCGGCUGUGCCCACUUCCCCAUGGAGAAUACCUGGUGGACUUUCCAGUGCUUGUGUCACUGAGGUGGAGAAAUGCCUUUGUAUUUAUUUUUGAUGAAGGCAGAAGCAUAGCUGAGAGAGCUGGUAGAUAGAUCCUCUUUGUCAGUAUACUGAACCAACUGAUGUUUUACAACACAAAGUAAGCGGUAAGAGAAGAGCUAUGAGAUGUGCCACCACCACCCUGCCCCCUGGACAGAUGCCCCUUAACUCACAUUCAGUUGAGCAGAGGCUCCACCUGGCACAGGCUUUGGGCUUUCUGUUGGAUUUUUCUCUCCCUUUUUUUAAAGUGUUGUCUGUUUUAAAAAAAAAACCAUAAUGAAAUGUUUUGAAUUUUUUUGUUGAAAUCGCAAUCCUUGAGUAUUUUCCCCAGAAGUGUAAAGGUCCAUCUCUGAGUGGUACCGUUAAACGCCCUGGGCCUUACCUCACUGUUUCAUUCUGUCGCAGCUCAGCAGCAUAGAGCAGGUGCUGCUGAGAGGCACGUCAGAUCAGAGCAUUGAGUGUUUUGGUAAUAGGAUUGCAGCCUGUUAAACAGGCUCCCUUUUCCUGAGGGGAAGUCUUUCCCAGCAUCAGGGAAGGCAUGUGUGUCUCUUAAACUGUUUAAUAUAUUUAUUUUUGGUAGCACUUAAGCAGUGACCCUCUGUCCCUCAUCUGAUUUACUGUCUCUAGCAAAAUGAAAUGGAGAAGAAUUUAAGCAGAAUCCACCAACCUUCCCCCAUUGCUGGGGCCUUCCUAUCAGUGGGCUCCUGGAACCUGCUUCCCUUGUAGUUAGUGGGCGCAUGCUCCCUGUCACAGCUGUUAGAUCCCUUCCAUGGAAAACAGGGCUGCAAAAUCCCCUGGACUGUCUCAUGUCCUGGCCUGUGACAAGCAGAAGGAAGAGCUGCGCCUGUCCUUGCUGUUCAGGUGAAACAGUAUAGAGGAUGGAUGGACACACUCGCACUCACUCUCUCUUUCUCUUUCUUUCUUUCUCUCUCUCUCUCUCCCUCCCUCCCCCUUUUCCUGAGGGGAAGUCUUUCCCAGCAUCAGGGAAGUCAGGUGCGUCUCCUAAACUGUAAAAGGGAUGGGACAUAGGAAAUAUCUUUUGCAAGCACUUCCUUCUUUUCGUGUCUUUUGCUCUUCUUUUCCCAUUCAUUUUAAGAGGAAGUCUUACAUGUGCAUCCCAUUAUCACUCCCUCACCCCACAAAACCCAGAGUCUCUGUACAGCUGUAGCAGCUGUGCAAAAGGCUCCAAAGGGGAAAGUGUCAAGGAGGACCUUAUGCCCCAGGUUUAUCCCCCAAGGGAAACUUGAAAAAAUCUGUAAGUCACAAAAACUUUUUGUUGAUAAAACAAGACCUCUGCCAACAUCCCAGCUGCACCAUUCCCAAGCAUAGUGCAAUGAAAUGGGCGGGGGCUGUCCCAGCUGCCUCUAAGGGUGGCUGCCAGCGUCCGUCUCGGUCCAGAAGGCUCUGCCCUGGUUUUUACAUUUCCUUUUUUUUCUCUGUCCCAUUGCAGACAGGUCUCUCUUGUAAGCAGGUCCCAAGUGCAGGUUCAGCCCGUGCUUUCCUCUGCACUUAUUUUAUGUUGAUUGGUUUAUAAAUAAAAGAAUAACUACGUUC